UGCCGGAGAACGGUGUCGCUCACCCUAUGACGCGGAAAUCAGGACUAUAAGCAUCUGGAGGCAACAAAGGUGAAGCACGGAAUCACCGGCCCCGUAUUUUGGGAAUUGAACCGAGAAUGGAAACUGAAAGAGGAGAUCAGGAGAAAUCAAUGGAAGAAAGUACUGAAAAGAAAAAAGAAGUAGAAAAAAAGAAAAGGUCACGAGUUAAGCAAGUGCUUGCAGAUAUUGCUAAGCAAGUAGACUUCUGGUUUGGAGAUGCCAAUCUUAUUCACAAGGAUAGAUUUCUUCGAGAGCAAAUAGAAAAGUCCAGAGAUGGUUAUGUUGACAUAUCACUCCUCGUGUCUUUCAACAAAAUGAAAAAAUUGACCACAGAUGGAAAGUUGAUAGCCAGAGCACUAAAAAGUUCAUCUGUUGUAGAGCUGGACUUAGAAGGCACCAGAAUAAGGAGAAAAAAGCCACUGGGUGAACGACCAAAGGACGAGGACGAACGGACAGUGUAUGUGGAAUUACUUCCCAAAAAUGUUAAUCACAGCUGGAUUGAAAGAGUAUUUGGGAAAUGUGGCAAUGUUGUUUAUAUAAGCAUGCCACAUUAUAAAUCUACUGGAGAUCCAAAGGGAUUUGCCUUUGUGGAAUUUGAAACAAAAGAACAAGCAGCAAAAGCUAUUGAGUUUCUUAACAACCCACCAGAAGAAGCACCAAGAAAACCGGGUAUAUUUCCUAAGACAGUAAAAAAUAAGCCUAUUCCUGGGCUUAGUGUAUCAGAAGAAAAGAAAAAGAAGAAGAAGAAGAAAGGCUGAAUGAAGAAGGAAGACAAUAUGCAGACCAAAGAGUCAAAUAUGGACACAACUAAGGAGAGUGACAGUAAAAUGAAAAGAUCUAGGACAACGUCUGAGGGAUCAGAAGUAGAAACAACUGAACCUCAAAAGCCGCCCUCAAAAAAAAAAAAGAAAAAACGGGAAAGACAGGAAGUUUCCGGCUUACCUGUAGUCAGAACAGGGAAGAGGAAGAGAAGUAUCUCUGAAGCAGAAUACCCAACUCCCAAACCAAAAGUAAAGAAAACAAAUCAGAAAGACAACAUUAAAAAAGAUACAGAAACUUCCAAAGAGAACAAAGACUUGGAAGUCUCUACUGAAGAGGAGAAGGAUACGGGAGAUGUAAAAGAUGGAUCGCUUUUAAAAGCAAAAAGGAAGCAUAAGAAGAAACAUAAAGAGAGGCACAAAAUGGGAGAAGAGGUUAUACCAUUAAGAGUCCUUUCAAAGAGCGAAUGGAUGGAUUAAAAAGAGUAUUUAGCACUGCAAAAGGCCAGCGUGGCUUCCUUAAAAAAAACAAUAUCCCAGAUAAAGUUGGAGUCAAAAAUGGAAACAAACGGAGUACCUACUACAUCUGAGAUAAAAAAUGAAAAAACAAGUGAAGAAGGUUGUCCUCAGGAAAAGGUUAAUGCAGCAGGACCACAGUUUGUGAGUGGCGUGAUUGUGAAGAUCGUUAGCACUGAGCCUCUACCUGGCAGGAAACAAGUCAGGGAUACAUUGGCAGCAAUCUCAGAAGUUGUUUAUGUUGAUUUGCUGGAAGGGGAUACAGAGUGCCAUGCUAGAUUUAAAACUCCUGAGGAUGCUCAAGCUGUAAUAAACGCAUAUACAGAAAUUAAAAAGAAACACUGCUGGAACCUCGAGAUCCUUUCUGGUGACCAUGAGCAAAGGUCUUGGCAGAAGAUUUUGGUAGAUAGGCAGGCAAAACUUAAUCAGCCUCGUGAAAAGAAAAGAGGCACUGAGAAGUUAAUCACCAAAGCUGAAGAGAUCAGACUUGUGAAGACUCAACAAGAAAGUAAACAUAUUAGGUUUUCUGAAUAUGACUGAGAAACAGUUUUGGAUCACCUCUUGAGAUUUCAUUGGAUACUUGAACUUUUUGUAGUAAAUCCAUUUUAUUUUGGUAGUAAUAAAUAGUGUUUUUCUGAAUCCUAUGUUAAUUAGAAGAAACACCUUUGUUCUUUAACUUAUAAGACUUUUUCUUUGGACAAGUACAUUGUAUACCACAGUUUUUCAUUAAACAUUUUAUUUGCUGAAAUUAUUUAUACAAAUCAACCUCAUAGUGAUUCAGUAAAUAUGUUUUGAACAUUAAUAUUUUUUUUAAGAUUUUA